CCCAAUUCCGUAGUAACACACGGUUUCACUUCCGGGUUUCAUCAGAACGUCAGUUUUUAAAAAUUCUGAUUCUUUUAAUUAUUAAUCUAAGAUCAUGCUGAAACAGUUUCUGGCUUCGUGUCACUUGACCUAUCAACUUUUGGCAGCCAGUCCGCCGGCUGGUGUUGUAUGUUUGACUGAGAAAGACUUUCAGGAAAAGAUAUCAAAAGGAUACGUUUUUGUCAAGUUCUAUCAACCUUGGUGUAUACACUGUAAAAGAUUAUCCCCUACCUGGGAUGACCUAUCAAACAAGUUUUCGUCUAUAGAAGGUGUCACAAUAGCUGAAAUAAACUGCACACAGUGUUCAAGUCUGUGUUCAAAUCAUCAGGUGUCAGGAUACCCGACUCUAGUGUUGUAUCGUGACGGCGUAAAACUGGGGGAGCACAGAGGACAGAGAAGUCUGGAAAACCUCUACUCGUUUGUGAUGAGACACGUCGAGCGAAAUCAAGACGAACUAUAUUAACACCUGCUUCAUUUAAUGCUUCCAGGUGUAUUCUGGGACAUAUUAAAUAGUUGUAGAACUGAGUCUGUAAAUGGUUUAGAAGGAAGUGGUAGGUCUGCAUGGUUUGUAAGGAAUUCCCACGUUGACGGAAGUGGUUAUGAACUGUAAAUAUUAGUUUAAUUAUACUACAGGCUUUGUAAUCAUGGAAGCUUCCAGGUGCAUUCUGGGACAUAAUAAAUCGUUAUAAAACUAAGGAUGUAAAAUGUGUUGGCGGGAAGUGGUAGGGCUAUAUGGCUUAUAACUAAGGCUUCUCAUGUUAACAGAAGUCGCCAUGAAAUUAGAUUAUAUUACGUCUGCAGGCUUCUUAAUUACGGAUGCUUUCAGGUGCAUUCUGGGACAUAAUAAAUUGUUAUAAAACUAAGGAUGUAAAAUGUGUUGGCGGGAAGUGGUAGGGCUACAUGGCUUAUAACUAGGGCUUCUCAUGUUAACAGAAGUCGCCAUGAACUGUAAAUUAUACUACGUCUGUAGGCACCUUAAUUACUGGUAUGGCUGCUUUCAGGUGCAUUCUGGGACAUAUUAAAUCAUCUCCUUUAUCGUCAUAAAACUGGGGAUGUAAAACGUGGUGGGUGGGCUGCAUAACUUGUGGCUUCUCCUUUGUCUGAAAUACCUAAUAUACCCUAAUUAAGAUUAAACCUUUAUUCUGAAACAAAUGUAACAAAUUCUGUAUUUUAAUUUUUUUUUUUAAGAUCUCUGCUUAUAAAAGUUGAAGUCAAGAAUCAGGAAUUUAAUGAAGCGUCACCUGUACAAAUUUCCGUUAGCAUGCUGUUAAAAGACUUGUGGCUAACAGGAUUAGAAGCGCAGGUGUACGGGCUACCAUUUUCGUAGGGGCACAGACAGAUUUUUUAUUGAAUUAAACGAAAAUGCCCGAAUAUUGAUAACAACAUUUAUUCAUAUUAGAAUUUCUGCAAAACGUCUGGAUUGGGUUGUAAACAAAUGACUACAUGUCUUUACACAGAUUACAUCUAAUAUUUUUGGUAGAAUGAUGGAAAUACAUGGUGAAAAGGUUUCAGGCAAGCUCAUAGUGCUCGAAUAUCUAUAUCUUUUUGGCUUGAAUUUAAAAGUGGUGCAUUUGACGACCCCCCCCCCCCCCCCCCCCAACCUCCAGUCCCCAGUCUCGUAUACUUGUUACCCAAUAUCAUUAUUUUAUUAUGUUAAGAUCAUGUCUCUGGAUUACGCUAUUGCUUGUUAGGGGCCAGGUUAGUUAACUGUAUCACGGUUUCAAGAAUCAUGAUGCCUGUAUAAAGUACAGUGCAUAAUCAAGUGGGAAUUCGGAGAAAAAAAAGAAGUUAUAAUUUGUUUUAUCUUUGUUCAUACUAAUGAUUUUGUUUAGUUUUGACUUGGAUCCAGCGAGCUUUUUUGCUUUCUUAUUUUUUUCUGUCUUUUUUUUUCUUUUUUUUCCCUUUUUUCUUUUCUUUUUCUUAUUUCCUUUUUUUUCUUUUUUCUUUUUGGUUCGUUUUUCUUUUUUGGUUUGGGUUUUUUCUUUCUGCUUGCUUGUGGUGUUUUUGUCAUUGUUUUUUAUAUAACUUAUCUUUCUCAGUAUUUAUGAAUGUGAAUUUGUGUCCAUCUUUUUCUAGAAAAUAUAUUUUGAAAGGACAAUAUUUAUUUUGGAAUGACCUUGAUGGACAUGUAUGAACUGUUGAUAGCAGAACUAGUCUACUAAAGUUGUGUUUUUGUUUGUUUACGUUGUGAAAAGUGAUUACAGGGUUCAUACGGGGUCACAGGGCCGUAGCUAGGAUUUUUGGUUGGGGGGGGGGGGGGCAAGUGAGUAGUUAAUAGUCUAAAACUCCUUUUCUUUAACUUGCUAUAAUGCCCCCCUUGCCCCCCUGCUAGCUACGGCCCUGGGUCACGGAGAUUCUAAAAAGUAAUGAAAUUUGCAAAUAUUGUUUUGCAGGCCUGGAAAGUCAUAAAAUUUUGAGUUGGAUAAGGUAAAGUUCUAAAAAACACACAAUUAACACUGGAAAUAGAUUGUAUAAAAACAUUGUGGUGCAUGUGUUAAUAAAGAGAUUGACAGAGUGGGUGUGGGUGAUGUUUUGGCAUACUUCCAUCAGAGAACUGUUCAAGCUCGCCUGUCGUGGGAACAACCUCUGACUUCGUCAGAGAGUUCUGUCCGUGACAGGAAAGAGAAUAUCUAAUCACUAAAGUUCUAUACACCUGGAAACUAAUUAAGCCCCUUCUGAACUGUACUGCAGACAAAAAGACGGAAAGGGUAGUUAUGCAUACCGACGGUGUUUAAAUCUGAUACUGUCAGUUUUUACAUGUUCUGUAUCUACUGGGAACUAUGUUGAACAUCGCCUUAAAAUGUUUCUUGAAAAUGCCUUUAAAAAGGCAUGGAAACUCGUGGAAUUUGAUAAAAUGUACGAACCCUGGAUUACGAUGUACACGCGGUGCCUUUGAUAUUUUUACACUUAAUGCUAUUAAUAGAUGCUUUUCACACAAGUAUUAUUUACAUCUGUUCAGUACUAUUUGUACAAGAUAUUUAAAUUUUUUAUGGAGUUGUACUGUUAAAGAAAAAUACAUUGUGGAAUGGUAAA